AUGAGUCAGAUUCUGUGCCUGAGCCUUACCCUCUGCCUGAUGGUGCAGACAGCCCUGGGUGCCCUGCACACCAAGGAGCCUGUAGUGGUUACCAAAUAUGAGACCCUCCAAGGAAAGCAGAUGCACAUGGGGAAGACACCCGUCAAUGUCUUCCUAGGAGUCCCCGUCUCCACACCUCCUGUAGGUGCCCACAAUUUCACUGCCCUGCACCCUCCAGAGCCCUGGGAAGGAAUCAGAGAUGCCACCACCCACGCCCCUGUGCUUCAGGGGUCCUGGGGGCAGAUCACCUCCAUGUACGUCAACACGCAGAAACAGUACAAGUGGCUGCGCUUCAGUGAGGACUGUCUGUACCUGAACGUGUACGCGCCAGUGCACGCGCGUGGGGACUCUCCGCUGCCGGUGAGUAUUUAAUCUUCAACCAUGCGCCAUCCCACUCAGGCACCCCACUGCCCCGCUCAGGCCUCGGCCUCCCCAGGAGGCACCUUCCUCACGGGCUCAUCUUCCACGCACGAUGGCUUCGAAUUGGCGGCCCCCGAACAAGUGGUGAUCAUGCUUCUGCAGUCCAGGCUCGGCGUCCUGGGCUUCCUGAGCAUGGGCGACAUCCAGGCCCGCGGGAACUGGGCCCUGCUGGACCAGGUUGCGGCUCUGUGCUGGGUGCAGAAAAGCAUCGCAGCCUUUGGCGGAGACGCAGGCUGUGUGACCCUGUUUGGCCAGUCAUCAGGGGCCAUGUGCAUCUCGGGACUGAUGAGUGCGAUGAUGUCACUCCUAGCCUGAGGUCUCUUCCAUCGGGCCAUUUCCCAGAGCACUGCAGUACUCAGAGUCUUCAUCACUUCUGACUCGCUGAAGGUGGCCAAGAAGGUUGCCUGCCUGGUAGGCUGCAACCACAAGAGCACAUGGAUUCUGGUAGACUGUCUGAGGGCGCAAUCAGGGGCUGAGGUGAUGCGGGUGUCCAAGAAGAUGAGAUUCUUCCACCUGAACUCCCAGGAAGACCCUCAAGAGAUCACGUGGUUCAUGCGCCCCAUGGUAGAUGGUGUGGUGGUCUCAGAUGACCCUGUGGUGCUCCUGAUCCAGGGGCAGGUUGCAUCUGUGCCCUGCCUUCUGAGUGUCAACAACCUGGAGUUCAGUUGGCUUUUGCCUUUUAUCAUGAAGUUCCCACUAAACUAGUGCAUGAUGAAAAAAGAAACCAUCACCAAGCUGCUCUGGAGUACCGGUCCCCUGUUGAAUAUCACAAAGGAGCGGUUACCACUGGUGGUGGAGGAAGACCUGGGUGAUAUGGAUGACCACAACUGGAAGAUAAGAAAGAAACAUGUGAUGGACCUGGCUGGGGAGGUGUACUCCACGCUGCAGGCUGCCUGCUAACACUGCAGAAUGGGAGUCCCCAAGAAUGGUGGCUGCUUCCUUCUCUACCUGUACGUGUUUGAGCCCCACACUUCCACCAAUAUCAUUAUCAAACCCCGCACUGAUGGGGCAGACCAUGGGGAUGAGAUCUGCUUCAUCUUCAGGAGUCCCUUCUCCAAAGUUGCUAAAGCCCCACCUGACACCCCCCACUGGGUGUCUGACCAUUCCACAGGUGAGGAGAAGGUACUGAGCCUCCAGAUGAUCAAAUACUGAGCCAACUUUGCCUGCACAGGAAACCCCACUGAUGAGAAGCUCCCCUACUGGCCGUGCUACAGCCAGAAGUACCUGCAGCUGGAUUUCACCACAAAGGUGGGUGUGAAGCUCAAGGAGGAGAAGAUGGUCUUUUGGAUGAGGCUGUGCCAGCAUUAA